AUGGCAACUAUUGACGCUCAGGUCCUCAGGGAAAUGAUUAAACAAUUUCGAGUUCUUAUCAUAGGAAGAGCAAACGCAGGCAAAACGUCCAUCCUUCACAAGGUCUGCAAUACCGCGGAUGAACCAGAAAUUUACGAUACCGAAGGACACAAGUUCGAUGCGGCCGUCGUGGAAUCAUCGAUCAAGCGUGGAAAUCACGACAUUAGAAACGAGAUGGUGUUCAGAAGCAAUCCAGGUUUCGUCUUUCACGACUCAUGUGGGUUCGAAGCGGGUUCUGAAGAAGAAUUCGAGAACAUGAAAAAAUUCAUCUUAGAACGGGCAAAAACGACAAAAUUGGGGGAGCGAAUUCAUGCUAUCUGGAACUGUAGACGAUCUGAUAUUUUUUUCCUUGAUUGCAGUUGUCCAUUGUUAACAGCUGGUAAGCUUGCGGUUUAUGAAGCUCAAACAGCAUGA